AUGGACAUGUGGCCUGCGGGGCUGCAGUCCCCCACCGUCUACUACAUGCUGCGUGAGCGCCAGCUCGACUUCAGCAUCCAGUGCGCCAAGAUGGAGGACCCCGCCGCCUGGCGCCGCUCCUCGGUCGCCGGCAACGCGGCCAACGAGCUGCUGCAGCGCCGCGCCCUCCCGGCGCUCAGCGUCAAGCUGCCGCUCACCCCCGGCAGCGGCCUGCAGCCUGGUGACGCUGUCGUGUAUGUGCGGGCGCUGCAGCCAGUGGGCGCAUUUGCCAAGCCGCCCCGCCCAGCCAAGGCACCCGCAGCGGCGGCAGCAUCCCUCGCGGCGCCCACCCUGCAGCGCCAGGACACGCCGCCGCAGCUGCGGGAGCAGCCCGCCAAGCGCAGCCGCGUGUGUGGCGAGGCAGCAGCACUCCCGCCAGUGCAGCUUGCCAGGGCAGCGUCGGCGCCAGCUGGCCACCUGAUUGCGCCAGGCCGCUCCGCCACCCCCGUCGUCAUCAGCAUGCCGCCAUCGGCCGCCAGCAGCCGCAGCCAGAGCGCCACCUCGACACCGCAGACGGCGCCCACUGCGGCUGACAGCCCGCUGGUGGCCCUGAUGCGGAGGGUCAAGGGCAUGCUGAGCCCAGCGCCGCAGCCGGCAGCCAUCCGCGCGUACUGA